CAGACCGUGUAUAGCAUCGCACACACAAACAUAUUCCUUUCCUGCAGCCUCGCGCGGCAGACAGUCUGAUGCCAUGACCGAGGACACAUCCAUUCUCUGCUGAGAACCAUGCGCUGCCGGCUGAGCCCUGCUGGAAUGAACCGACUGAAAGGAGCUUUCAAGAGACUCACCUGUGGAUUUGCGCCGUCAAGAUGCCUUAUUUGACCAAACCUCUGAUUUUACUUCUAUGUCUGGUUAUUACUGGUGAAUGCCGUAAGCACGGCCACCGGGUGCGUAGAUGGACCGGUACCGUGGAAACGCAAAAGCAUGGCACCUCCUUGCCAAAGAAGCCUCCAGAUGUGACAAAGUCUCGGAAAACAAAGACAGAGCAUUUGCUCAAAGUAGACGAUCAUGACUUUACCAUGAGGCCAGCAUUUGGAGGGCCUGCAAUCCCUGUUGGAGUGGACGUUCAGGUGGAGAGCUUGGACAGCAUCUCUGAGGUGGACAUGGACUUUACCAUGACUCUGUACCUGAGGCACUACUGGAAGGAUGAGCGCCUGUCGUUCACCAGCAGCACCAACAAGAGCAUGACGUUUGAUGGUCGUCUGGUGAAGAAGAUCUGGGUGCCUGAUGUCUUCUUUGUCCACUCAAAGAGGUCCUUCAUCCAUGACACCACCACUGAUAACAUCAUGCUGCGUGUCUUUCCUGAUGGACAUGUCCUCUACAGCUUGAGAGUGACAGUGACAGCAGCCUGUAACAUGGACUUCAGCCGCUUUCCUCUGGAUUCUCAGACCUGCUCACUGGAGCUGGAGAGUUAUGCCUACACAGAUGAAGACCUGAUGCUGUACUGGAAAAGCGGUGAUGAGUCUCUUAGCACUGAUGAUCGUAUCUCAUUAUCACAGUUCCUCAUCCAGAAGUUCCACACCACAUCUCGCUUGGCCUUCUACAGCAGUACAGGCUGGUACAAUCGGCUCUACAUCAACUUCACAUUGAGACGCCACAUCUUCUUCUUCCUACUCCAGACGUACUUUCCCGCCACACUUAUGGUGAUGCUUUCAUGGGUGUCGUUCUGGAUCGACCGCCGUGCUGUGCCGGCCAGAGUUUCCCUGGGCAUCACCACAGUGCUGACCAUGUCCACCAUCAUCACUGGAGUGAAUGCGUCCAUGCCCCGUGUGUCCUACAUCAAGGCGGUGGACAUUUACCUUUGGGUCAGCUUCGUCUUUGUUUUUUUGUCUGUGUUGGAGUACGCAGCUGUCAACUACCUGUCCACCGUCCAGGACCGCCGAGAGCGCAAGAUGAGAGAACGGGCACGAUCUCAGUCACUGCCCUGCACCUGUGGAAUCUCCCAGACACGAACCAUGACCAUGCUGGAUGGUACCUACAGCGAGGCCGACACCAAUAGCCUAGCCGGCUACACUGAGGAGCCUAUGGUGCCAGAGGAGGAGCAGGAAGAGCUGCACGAGGUUCCAGAGAAACCUGAACACAUGGUGGUCCAUCUGUCAGUGAGCAGUGAGUCAACCACCACCAAGAAGAAGAAGAGCCUGCGUGCCCUCAACAUCAUCCAGAACACCCACGCCAUUGACAAGUACUCCCGGAUGAUUUUCCCUGGUUCGUACAUUUUCUUCAACCUUAUCUACUGGUCCGUCUACUGCUGAGAGACACUCCCGAAUCUGGACUGAGGCCAGGGAGGUUAACACACAGACAGUGUGAAUGCUGCAUCAGAAAGGGACACCAACUCUAAGAGUGCUAUUGUACUGUACGUCUGGUUCUGCAAAGUGCAAGUUCUACAAAAAUUCAGCAUUAAGACUUUGAGAUUGAUUGAGCACUUCUUUUUUUGUGUUUUUUUUUUUUCCUCAUGCAGCAAUUUGAAUGUUCAUUAACGCUCUAAACCAUAAACACAGAAAAUAAUCUUUUGAAUGGUGUUUUUAAACUACGGAUGCUAAUUCUCUUUUUCAGCAUCAUUAACUGUCAACUGCUGUUGAAAAGCUCUUUGUCCUCAUUACUGCUGUUCCUGAGAUGAUGCCAGCUUUGGUGGGAGAAAAAGUACAUUUUUGUAUAACAUUGAUAGGUAGGGAUAAGGUAUGCUUUGCGUGUGUAUCAUGCUGUGAGCUAUUCAGUUAACGGGUGUCUGUAUUUAUAUUUACUGGCAAUGAUUGUUUAGCUGAAAAACACCAUGAUUAUAAGGUUUUAAGGCCCAUAAACCAUCAGUUAUGACUUGAUUAUAAACAGUAAUGACCGUUUAAUUUUUAGUAUGUCACAAUAACAAAUGUUGACCAUAUUCUUUAAGCCUGUUAUCUCAAAAAAAUGUAUAUUGUUAUUUAAUGUUGAUGAAUAAAUCAGACUGAGAGGGUGCAGCCAUGUAAGCAGCCCUGUGAGGCUGGAUUUAGUGGUGCUUCUAGCUAAAUGCUAAAUGCCAACAUGCUAACAUGCUCAUGUUAACAUUCAGAUGAUGUUUAGCAGGUAAUGUUUACCAUGCAAACAUUUGCUAGUACAGCUAAGGCUGAAGGGGAUGACAGUGGUUUUGCUGGCAUUUGGUCAUAAAUUUAAGUACUGGAAAGAAAUAAACUUGAUUAUGAUGGGACUAGAUGAAAACUCCGGAUCACCGUAGUUUUUACAGUUCAUUCUGUGGAGAACAUGAAUGUCUGUACCAAAGUUCAUGGUAAUAUUGGGUUCAGACUACACAAUCAGCCAGAUUAUAGCCCGGCGCGGUGCCAUAUGAUGUCGGCUUGGAUCGUGAAUGACAAUGAGUGAUGUAUGCGAUAAUCCAUUGUGUCAUCUUGUGACAACAGACGAGAACAAAUUCCACGUCUGGGACACCUCACAAUGUCCCGACAGAAAGUCUAAUAUGUUUACUUUUUUGUCGUCCAUGAGUUCUCCUGUUGAGCAGUCCCUUUGACCAAUAGAAACACAGAGCGAUCUGCUGCCAUGUACAACUGUAUGGAAACAACACCCCAGCCUUUUUGAUAUUUCUUGUAGGAACUACCACAUAGAGUAAAAAUGGAAAAAUGAUGGCGUGAAACAGCAGAGGCACUUCGUCAACCGGGCAUUUAAUUAUCAUUCCCUCUAUAUUUUUAUAUUUUUACCUUUGAUCUGCUCCUGUUUGCCCUGUUAAAUUUGAUGCAUCACACUGGCAUUUCAAACUCCACACUUCCUAUAUCAAUUUAAAAUCAACAGCCUCUUAUAAUUUUGGUGAAGAAUCCCUUCAUAUUCUAAAAAGGCUUUUAUUGUGAAACAUGUACAGGAUUUGGAGGUCGUGGAGGAUUCAGUGACUUGCAUAGGUUGCAUGCGGUACUUCAAAUGUAGCCCCUGCCAUCUGGUGGCACGUUUUACAUUAUUACAAUAACAGUUCAGCUGGGACAUGAAGAGCCACAGUGACUGACAUAAUAGUAGCAAUAAUAAAAAUAGGACAAGAAUAAUCGUGAAAGACGACCAGAGAUGAUUGGUCAUGGACCAAUAGGUAGUCUGUCACGUCUGCCAGCCAAGUCACUACAAGAAUAUAUGACUCCAUAAUCACCUAAUCUUACAUAGUGACUGUUAGAAAAGACAAAAAUGUUGUGUAGUCCGAACCCAGCAUAAGAUAUUUCACUCAAAAACCAAAAAUGUCAACCUCAUGGUGGUGCUUGAGACAAAUCGAGUCAAAUGAUCACCAAAAGCAGUAGGAUUCAUCCUCUGGGGAAAAUAAAUGUAAAUAUGAAUUGCAUGACAAUCUAUCUACUAUUUCACCGAAUAUGUCAGUCUGGCCCAAGGUAACCACCCCUGAACCUUCCCUAUAUCCCUUUCUCCACCAAAUUAGCUCUGGCUCUUGAACCAGUUCUGUUUAGAAUUCUUAGAACCUUUAUGCUAUCUAACAAACAAGCCCGCAUUUCACCAGUUUUGAGCAGAACUAUUGUAAUCAAGGAUGUGUCAUCAACAGAAGGCAUUGAACAAUGCACAACAGAAGUAAACAAUAGUAGCA